UUCUCAAACUCCCAAUCCGCUUUAGCGUUUUCCCUCCCAACAUCAAUUCAGAUAAACCCUAAAAUUAGCCCCCUUUCAAUUUUCCCUCGCAAUUCCAUAAGCCCUAAUUUCACUCUCCCCCCUUUUUUUCUCGCUCUUUCUCUCUCCUCAACAAUGGAUACUUUGCAAGAUACAUACAGAGACGACGACGAAGAAGACCUAGAAAGCAUCCCACCUCAUCAAUUUCCCCCAAAUCAAAGCGACCCAGUUCCUGAAGUCAAUACAAUCGAAAGUAACGACAUUGUUCACUCAAACCCUAACCCUAAUUUACCUUCAAGCCCGACAAUUGAUGCGAAAGAACCCGAGUCAAUGGCUGUAGAAUCGGCGGAAAAUCCGACCCAAUCGUUGACAAAGUGCGAAACUUUAGGGUCUGAAGAUGUUUCUUCUGAAUCAAUCUCUGAAGAUGAGCAAAACCCGGAUACUUUAACUGCCAAGAAACUACUGGAAUUAGGUGAGGACGAAGAAGAACUAGACCCACCUUCCAAGAAGCAGAAAUCACUCGCUAAUUUCGAUAUUCAUCUGUUAGAUUUAGAUUCACAAUCCGCCAUGAAAUCAACACCGAUUAAUGGGAAUGCAGGUGGCGGUGGGAGUAGUAAGAAGUCGUCGAAGAAGAAGAGCAAGGGCAACAGUGUAUGGACGAAAACAACGUCCAGAAAAGGGAAGAAGAAGUCUAAGAACAACAACAGUAACAAUAACAACAACAAUGCUGUUACACCCAAAUCAGAGGAUGCUGUGUUGAUCACCCCAAUUCCCAGGUUUCCUGAUAAGAACGAUGAUUCCCCUGACUCAAUGAUUUGUCUUUCCAAGGUAUACAAAGCAGAAAAGGUGGAAUUGAGUGAAGAUAGAUUGAGUGCUGGUAGUUGUAAAGGGUAUAGAAUGGUGAGGGCAACAAGAGGGGUGAGUGAUGGUGCUUGGUAUUUUGAGAUUAAGGUGGUUAGUUUAGGAGAAACAGGGCAUACGAGGUUAGGGUGGUCGACUGAAAAAGGGGACUUACAAGCUCCGGUUGGGUACGAUGGUAAUAGUUUCGGGUAUAGGGAUAUUGAUGGGAGUAAGAUACAUAAGGCAUUGAGGGAGAAGUAUGGGGAAGAAGGGUAUAAAGAAGGUGAUGUUAUUGGAUUUUAUAUCAAUUUGCCUGAUGGGAGUUUGUGUGCUCCGAAACCGGCUCAUUUAGUUUGGUAUAAAGGGCAGAAGUAUGUUUGUGCACCGGACCCGAAGGAGGAACCCCCUAAGAUUGUUUCCGGAAGUGAAAUAUCCUUCUUUAAGAAUGGUAUUUGUCAGGGAGUUGCUUUUCAGGAUCUUUUUGGUGGAUGCUACUUCCCUGCAGCGUCGAUGUAUACCCUUCCUAAUCAACCUAAUUGUGUUGUGAAGUUCAACUUUGGCCCUGAUUUUGAAUGUUUCCCCACCGAUUUUGAAGGCCGUCCGGUCCCAAAGCCCAUGAUUGAAGUUCCAUAUCAUGGAAUUGAAAAUCGAGACGAAAAUGGGGUAUUAGAUGAGGACAAGCAGCAGUAGAUGUUACAUUAAAUUUUCUGUUGUACGAAAAGUAUGGUGUUGGGGCUCUUAAUUCUUAUCCUUUUCUUUUCCUGCUCUUUUGUCUUGAAAGGAAAAAGUUAAUCCUCAUAGAACUGUCCAAUGUCAAUGAUACAGAGGAGGUUGUUGUUGUACUAUGGUGGAACAAUUGAUCUGAUAUAAAUGGCUAAGAUUAUUCGUUGCAUUCAAAUCAAGAUAAUCAUUUUAUG